AUGGCGACGAUAUCUGCCGGUACGCGGAUUCGCUCCCGCUCCAGCGAUGAUCUCAACUCUGUCCAGCCACGAACACGCGAUGACGCCACCGACAUGGAGAGCCUCACGACAGCUGCGGGAAAGGAGCGAUUCCGGAAGAUGUUGGACGGGGAAGGAUGUUCCUAUGUUGUCCUGAUUGGCAUCAUCCUGGGAACCGUCAUGACGGUCAUGGAAACUACACCGGACUUCCGAGACCACCCCAUGCUCUUUGAGUUCAUGGACUGCACCCUCACGGUGGCUUUCACCUGUGAGCUAGCUUUGCGGAUUUAUGCCAGCGUUUCCUAUGCCGACUUCUGCGGAAACUGGUACAACCUCAUCGACGUCUUCGCAAUCGUGCCGAGUUUCUUCCAGCUGCUGUUCAUGCUCUGGCACGCGGAAGCCCACAAGAUGCACAAGGCUGUGGACUCGAUCCGCACCUUCCGCAUGGUGCGGCUCCUGCGCAUCGCGCGGGUCUUCCGAGUCUUUCGCCUGAUGCACGAGUGGAACAUCGUUCCGCAGAUGGAUCUGCUGCUGGCGGUGCUCCUGGAGUCUGCCAGCAACGGCAUCAUCAUUGUCGUACUGCUGGGGCUUAUGUCGCUGUUCGCCGCCUGCGCGAUGUACAUCGUUGACUUGCCCGGCUGCCAAGGCGAAGACACAGCAACAACCAGGUGGUACUCCAAGGUCACGGAUGAGCCCUCCUGCUCAGAUAAAGAGAUGCCCUUUGCAUCCAUCCCGGCUGCAUGGUGGUGGGCAAUCAUUACGAUGACCACCGUCGGCUAUGGCGAUGUGAUUCCUGCCACCCUUUCGGGAAAGAUUGUAGCCGGCCUCGUGUGCUUGCUGGGCGUGAUGGUCAUCGCGCACGGCUCCGCGCAGUUUACUGCUGAUUUCCGGCAGCGAUGGUUGCGAAUCCAGGCGACGAACAGAAUCAAGCAGUUGGACGACCUGGAUCGGAUGGAGGAGCUGGAGAUCGAAGCGCUGGACAAGCGCCUUGUGGGCUUCCAGUCGAGUCUCCAGCAGCUCUUGGACCAGGUCGUGCUCGCGUCGAGAAGAGCCGAGAGUCGAGGCAUUCCUCACGAGGACGUCGCGCACCUGAUCCAGGCGCUCGAGUCGCACGGCCAAUCGCUGAGCUCUGGAAUUUGCAACUACCUUCACGAGGCACUUGGAGCAACUCUUCAGGAUGAGGCCGAAGCCGAGGAGCGCACCUUGAAGGGCUUCGGAGACUUGGCGCCGGCGUCGCCGGCGCCGGUGGUCCACGUCAUCCCAAGCUCCGAGCCCUCCGCGAGCCCCUCUGCCAAAGAUGCGGAGGGCAGCAGCACGCCGCCAGCUGCUGCCGACUCGGAGUCCCAGGCAGAGAGCGCGGAGGCUGCGGCUGAGGCUGAAAGCCCGGAGGCUGCGCCUGAGGCUGAUGGCCCAGCCGAUGAAGCUGAGGAGGCCCCUGGUCUUCCUGCAGAUGGCCCAGAUGACCAAGCCGCGGAGGUCGCCCGCCUAAGGGCAGCACAGCCCUUGGAUCCCAGCAGAGGAGACAAUGACGCUUGA